UCAUGUGGCAGAGGAUACAGAUUUGUUGGGUACUGUUUGCACUGUAUUCAGCGGCACCGCCUGCACACAUCAACCGCCUGGCGCUGUUCCCUGACAAGAGCGCUUGGUGUGAAGCCAAGAACAUCACACAGAUAGUCGGGCACACGGGUUGUCAGCCUCGCUCUAUUCAAAACAGAGCUUGUCUGGGUCAGUGUUUCAGUUACAGCGUCCCCAACACGUUUCCACAGUCAACGGAGUCCCUGGUGCACUGUGACUCCUGCAUGCCGGCCCAGACACAGUGGGAAGUGGUGACUCUGGAGUGCCCCGACAGUGAAGAGUCUCCUCGUGUGGAUAAGCUGGUAGAGAGAAUCUUCCACUGUAGCUGCCAGUCCUGCAGUAAAGAAGGAGGCCAGGAGGGGGCGGUCAUGCAGCUGUAUUCAGCAGACAACGUCCUGGACGCUCCGUCUCUACCUGACACCCUCAGCGGUGCUCAGUCUCACCCGCUGCCCCCUUUAAACACACACUCUAAUAAGCAUGCUCACCCACACACAGCCCAUCACACACUACCACACACAUCAGAUGGAGGAUAGGUACAACGUUUUCUGUCCCUUUGCUCAUCUUUCACAACCUCUGCACCCUUUGAACCAAUCUGUAGUAUUGUAAAGGCACUUUGAAAAUAUGGCUUCAGUUCACUCAAGUUUCUCUAAAGAAACACACACACACACACACACACACACACACACUCUCUCUGUCUCUGUCUCUGUCUCUGUCUCUCUCUCUCUCGCUCACAAAGUCAUGCUAUCAGAUUACACUUACUCUAUUGUAUAUAAACUCUUACAGACACACCAGCCUAUGCAUUCUUUUUGUUUAUUUCUGACUAAACAUGUAAAUGUGUGCAUCCAGACAUGACAUGUCUGUUAAUAAUCUCUAGUCUCAUUACUUUGUAUCCCCUUUAUCGCAAUAAAUUAUAUUGU